CUUUUCUAGUUCUUCAUCCUCCGCAAUGCAAUUAGAUAAAUUUUCUACUUCUGAUUGUGCCCUUUUAUUAGGUUUUCUUUAUGUGACUGCUAGUGCUAGCUUCAUUUUGCAUAUCCGUCAUGCUACUAAUAAUCCCAAUCAAGAUUCAAGUUGUCCAUCCAGUACUAGCGCGUUAACCCUUUGUUUGUUUGCGUCAUUAAUUCCUCGAUCAUGUAGCAAAAGCGAGCUUGCAGCCUGAUCUCCAAGCAGCUAGCUGGCUAUAGCGAGAGACCGGCGCGUUGUUGCUUCGGAUCGACCGGCCGGCCGGAGAUCGCCAUGGGACGCGGGAAGAUCGAGAUCAAGCGGAUCGAGAACUCGACGAACCGGCAGGUGACCUUCUCCAAGCGCCGGGGCGGGCUGCUCAAGAAGGCCAACGAGCUCGCCGUGCUGUGCGACGCGCGCGUCGGCGUCGUCAUCUUCUCCAGCACCGGCAAGAUGUUCGAGUACUGCAGCCCUGCCUGCAGCCUGAGGGAGCUUAUUGAGCAGUAUCAGCAUGCUACCAACAACCACUUUGAGGAGAUAAACCAUGAUCAGCAAAUAUUACUGGAGAUGACACGGAUGAAGAACGAGAUGGACAAGCUGGAGACUGGCAUCAGGAGGUACACUGGCGACGACCUCUCCUCACUCACCCUCGACGACGUCAGCGACCUCGAGCAGCAGCUCGAGUACUCUGUCUCCAAAGUCCGUGCAAGAAAGCAUCAGCUCCUGAAUCAACAGCUUGACAACCUGCGUCGCAAGGAACAAAUCUUGGAAGAUCAGAACACCUUCCUGUACCGCAUGAUCAACGAGAACCAGCAGGCGACAUUGACCGGCGAGGUGAAGCUGGGGGAGAUGACGGCGCCGCUGGCGAUGCUGCCACCGCCGGCGGCGUUCACGCACUCCACCUACUACGGCGGGGAGUCAUCGUCGGGCGGCACGGCACUGCAGCUGAUGUCGGCGGCGCCGCAGCUGCAGCACGCCGACCUCGGGUUCCGGCUACAGCCGACGCAGCCCAACCUGCAGGACCCGGCGGCGGCGUGCGGCGGCCUCCAUGGCCACGGCCUGCAGCUGUGAUUAACUCCGAUCUGAUCCAUUGGGAGGACUGUCAAUCUGUCACACUGUGGAAGAGGAUGGGAGAGUUUGAAGGUCUCAAAGCUCAUCAUCAUGCAUAACAUAAUUGCAUAUGUUAGUUUGUCAUUUGAACAGUUUUAUAUAUGCAUGCAAUCUCUGGAUAAUUCAUCAGUUAUGUAUCUAAUUAAGAUAGGUUCAUAGACUCCUGUUGAUCUGUGCAAUGGCGGUAACAAUAGUUAUUAAGCUCUAAUCUAGUAUUUAACCAAAUCAUGGAGUUGGAGUUAAUAAUAAGCCUAAUCGUUCGGAUGUCUGUA